ACAGCUGUAAGUUGGUUGUUAGGUUGUCGUGGAUAGAGCUACGUGGAAAGUGAUUCGCAAAGCAUAAAAUUGACGAAAUUGUAAUUUUUCCAGAAUUGGAAAAUCAAAUCUACUAAUACGCAAUUUCAUUCGAGCGGAUAGUGGAGAUAGAGAUAGAACUUGAGGAAUCGUCUACGUGUAAGAAGUCGACAGGUAUUCACAUUCUCAGAGACGUGAUGUAAUAUACACUGUUUUGCUGUGCAAAAGGUUUCCCUGUACCUAGCUCAAUAGUUGUACAACUAAGACCUAUACGAGAUAAAUCUUAUAAAAAACAACCAAUACAUACUAAGGCGGGAUAGGUGAUUGCUAGUGUCGCAUGAGUUUUACCAUCUAUAAUCAUUAUAGUUAAAGGAAACUUAAUGCGAUGGCUUGCCCGCUGCUCAGCUUGAUGGUUUUCUUAUCGAUGAUAGCACUUCAGGCGAUAACCUACUGCAGAGCGGCAUUAGUCUCACCUCCCGAUACUCACGGCAAUCAAUUAAAGGAUGGAAGCGAUCCGUCAUGGCAUGUGCAGUACGAUCCGGUAAAAAUGGAAAUGCACAUGAAAACGAUGACCAAUAUAAGCCUGCGGAUUGAAGGGUUCGAAAAGACUCAGCUUGGGGAUGAUGCGACCAUUCAACUUAAAAGCGAAAGGAAUCAUGUGGCAACAAUUCCUAACGGAAGCAUUACGGUGGUAGAAAUAAAAGAUGAUGGCUCGUAUGAAGGAGGUUUCGACAUUUCCGGAGUGUUUUUAGGGACAACAAACCUUUACGUUGAAGUUAUGGAUAAAAAUAAUCAAACAAUCCAAUCAGUCGAGAAGAUGCCGAUAACAGUAAUACGCGAAGAACGCGCCAUUGACCAUAUUUUUACUGGUUCUGUAGCAGUUUUGGUAUGCGUGAUGUUCGUUCUCUUCGGUGCUGCAAUGGAUCUUCCAACAGUGAAGGCGAUCAUAAUGAAACCUAUUGGACCAGCCAUCGGAUUUUUUUCACAAUUUCUCUUUAUGCCACUCUUGAGCUACGGAUUAGGAUUGCUGCUCUUUCCGGACAGCUUUGAGAUGCAGCUCGGUUUGUUCUUCACCGGUGUUUCCCCUGGAGGUGGAGCUUCGAAUAUAUGGACAGUUCUCCUUGGAGCAAAUCUUAAUUUGUCGUUAGCUAUGACCACCAUUAGCACGUUAGCCGCAUUCGGUAUGAUGCCACUGUGGAUCUUUACCCUUGGUCGUAAAAUUUUUGAACGAGGAAAUUUAGUUGUUCCCUACACAAAUUUAGCUACAUUCGCAGUUGGACUUAUUAUUCCAAUGGGAAUCGGUUUAUUGUGUCAACGAUAUACUCCGCGGCUAGCCCGCAUUUUGGUUCGCAUUUUAAAGCCUUGCUCGGCUUUGCUGAUUCUUUUUAUUGUCGUCUUUGCUAUUGUUACAAAUCUUUAUUUGUUCGAGCUUUUUUCAUGGCAAAUAAUUGCCGCUGGAUUGGGAUUACCGUGGAUUGGAUAUCUAUUCGGAUUUAUUGUCAGUAAAUCAGCACGGCUGCCCACUGCAGAUGCACUGGCAAUAUCCAUUGAGACAGGCAUCCAAAAUACCGGAAUAGCAAUAUUUUUAUUGCGCUUCUCGCUACCACAGCCGGCAGCCGAUUUGACAACGGUAGUUCCGGUGUCAGCAGCCAUUAUGACACCAGUUCCAUUGAUGAUACUCUAUGUGGUGCUAAAAAUUCGCGAAAGAAAUUUUUCUCAUCGUUCAAUUGUCCCUUUCCCAGAUGUGCAGUACGUAAAUUUGAAACGAUGCCACACGACACCUCCAAAAAUUCAUUGAACAAUGAAGCGGCCAGUUGAUACCACAAUCAAGUCUGCCUUAUAUUGAGAACCAAGUAUCUGUUGAUGGGCGAACGGUUGGCUUUUGUGUUUCCAUUCAAUCGGAAUCAUAGCUAUGAUAUCAAGUAUUCCCGUAUAUUUUGUAAAAAAAAUGUAUUAUUGUUUUGUUUAUUAAAAACUUUGUUAUAAUUAUUAGUACUGCUAUUUCCGAAACAAAUGAAUGUAAAAAUGUGGCCAAUUUUGAGGUUGAUGGUCAUCUAAACUGGUUACCUUUUCAUAAUCACUUUUCCCUACAACGUGAGGGAUGAUUUUAUCAAGAUUUUUACAUUCUAAACAUCAAACCUUAGACAAAAGUUAGAAAAUAUCAUUUUCACAAAUGGAAACCCGAAGUCCAAAAAUGGCGUGAAAGUAGUCCCAUCCCUUGAUAAAAACUUGAUUGCAAAACAAAAUGAACAUUCAAAUAUAAAAAUUAGUAGCUCAGACAAAAAUAAUAGUUUAAUCUUCUGUAAAAUAUACAAAAAUUGAAAUAUAGGAAAAAGGUGGAUUAAAGCAAAGAUAACUCUGAAGUUUUAAAACAAUAAAAAAGUAGGUACCUAAAUUGUUUGAAGCAUUUUUAGAUAUCAAUGGCAGGAAUAUUAAACCCCUUAUUUUAAGCAAAACACGGUAUAUAAGAUUCAAGCGGAAUACAAUUGCUCUAUAAUAAGAAUUCAACA